GUCGUUGUCACUUGUCACUUCAAUAAGGCCAAAAGCUUAAGCGCUUAAAAGUACAACUAUCGUACGUCUCUGCACGGUGCAGAAUCCGAGCCUGAUCAUUUAAAUAGAGUCUUCCUCUUUUUUAUCGCUGAACCGCCUGUUGGGUGCAACAUCUUUCUCUCAUUUGAUCUUCUUGUUCUUGCUGUGAAAAUGUCUCCGCUUUCAGAUCUUGUCAACCUCAAUCUCUCCGAGACCACUGAGAAGGUGAUCGCCGAGUACAUAUGGAUCGGUGGGUCUGGUAUGGACAUUAGAAGCAAAGCCAGGACUCUUCCUGGACCAGUUAGUGAUCCUGCAAAACUUCCAAAGUGGAACUAUGAUGGUUCUAGCACAGGCCAAGCUCCUGGGGAUGACAGUGAAGUCAUCUUACAUCCCCAAGCGAUUUUCAGGGAUCCAUUUAGGAGGGGCCAUAACAUUCUUGUUAUAUGUGAUGCCUAUACCCCGGCCGGAGAGCCUAUUUCAACAAAUAAGAGAUACAAUGCUGCAAAAGUUUUUAGCCAUCCUGAUGUUGUUGCUGAAGAACCUUGGUAUGGUAUAGAGCAGGAGUACACCUUGUUGCAAAAAGAUGUAAAAUGGCCAAUGGGGUGGCCUCGCGGUGGUUAUCCUGGACCACAGGGUCCGUACUACUGCGGUGUUGGUGCUGAUAAGGCCUUUGGCCGUGAUAUUGUGGAUUCUCAUUACAAAGCCUGUCUUUAUGCUGGCAUCAACAUCAGUGGCGUCAAUGGAGAAGUGAUGCCGGGACAGUGGGAAUUCCAAGUUGGCCCCGUCGCUGGUAUCUCUGCAGGAGAUGAGCUCUGGGUUGCUCGUUAUAUUCUAGAGAGGAUUACAGAGAUAGCUGGAGUAACACUUACCUUUGAUCCCAAACCUAUUGAGGGCGACUGGAAUGGGGCUGGUGCUCACACUAACUAUAGCACCAAGUCCAUGAGAACUGAUGGAGGGUAUGAAGUCAUCAAAAAAGCUAUUGAAAAGCUCGGAUUAAAGCACAAAGAGCACAUUGCAGCUUAUGGGGAGGGCAACGACCGCCGUCUCACCGGAAAGCAUGAAACGGCAGACAUCAAAAACUUCUUAUGGGGAGUGGCAAACCGAGGAGCCUCCGUUAGAGUUGGUAGAGAGACAGAGAGAAAUGGGAAAGGUUAUUUCGAGGACAGGAGGCCUGCUUCUAACAUGGAUCCAUAUGUGGUGACCUCCAUGAUUGCAGAGACCACCAUCCUCUGGCAUCCAUGAGAACAUUAUUCAAACCAUUCCCUCGUGGUUGAUCGUUUAUCUUUGUCCCCAAUGUUUGCCAUUGCCGUCUUUAAAAGGACCAGCAUUACCAAGCUGUGCCCCCCUUUUGUUCCAUUUAGUAUUUGCCUCCUCUUCUUGCCUGUAUUUGGACAAGAACAAUACAUAAAUGGGCAAAGCCUAAUAGUUAUUGGCUAUUGUUUCUGUUUGGUUUCUUUGUUUUCUUAUGUGAAUAACUUGGAACUGAAACUGUCAAUAUGUUUUGGUGUCUUAUGCGGAUGCAUGUAUCCUACUCCUUGCGCUUGUUCUAUGUAGCUAAGAUUUGAAGCCUUAAACGUAGAUCGGAUGGAAGAGAGCUUCCCUAUGGAGUAGCCAGUUGACGCUUGACGCUUGGCAUUUAGAACUACUGGGUCUACACAAAGAUAUUAUAUAUAUAAUAAGUGGAACUUUGAUUUUAUGACAGGUGUUGAAAGCAACUUUGUUUGUUUUGGCAAACAGAGCCACGUUAUCUUUGUCCUGGACCAUGAAUCUUCCAUCAUUCAACCUACGUAUCUUUGUGGAUAAUGAUGGCAGCACCACCUUCUCUUCUCUUCUCUCUCUCUCUCUCUCUCUCUGAAUCAACAAUUUCUGCCCGACUGAGUCACGCAUCCACCCACUAACUGAUUGGCUUGAAACGUCAUUCAUCUCCUUCCGCCGUGACAUCAACAUGCAUAGACGUGUCAUCCCAAGUAAUCUUCUUCUUCUUUCAUUUGUUGUUCACUACUAAUGCAUGUUGAGCUCUGACAUCCUUUGAAGGCAGAGUAUUGUAAUAUUUAUUUAUUAGCCAGAUUUUGCAUUUAGUUGGCUUAAUAGACCAACUUUUAGAAGGAUCUGUCUGAUAAAAAAAACUUCGAUUCUUGCCUUUCAUGGCGAUUCAAUGAGGUCUACAAGACUACGAUUACUCUUCAAAACUGCAUGUUUGAUCCAACAAGGCGAAACUGUGUACACAGUUUGGUGUUUGUGGUUGAGAAGAUACGCAGCCUGUGUUAAAAAUAUCACUGUAUUUUUUAGGAAUAUUCUUUAUGUGUAUUUGCAUUACUUUACAUGUCAUAUGUUUGUUAGGACUCUUCUGUUAUUUUGCUCUUUGUCAUGCCGAGGUAAGGCCUCAAUUGUAUAAAGCCACUAAUGCCUCAUUGUAUCCAUUCAGUUUAGUGAAGAAAGAUUCUUCCAUACUAUUUUUGUCAGAGUAUAAGAGAACUCUUGAGAAAAGAGUUUUCCUUCCUUUUUCUCGGUUGCCAAACAACAUUCAUGGCUAACCCCAACGAUCCUAACCCUCAAUCUAUCACGAACCUUGAUCAUCCUUCAAACCCAUAUUAUCUUCAUCAUUCAGAAAGUCCAGGUGCAAUGCUUGUUUCUCAACCCCUCUCUGUUUCAGGGGAUAACUAUCACAGCUGGCGUAAAUCCAUGCUCAUUGCCUUAGAGGCCAAAAACAAACAUGUCUUCCUAGAUGGCUCCAUUUCUCGUCCCUCUGAUAAUGAUACUCUUUUUGGUUUGUGGUGCCGCUGCAACAAGAUGAUUUUUUUCUUGGAUUCUCAAUGCUGUCUACAAAGAGAUAGCUAAUAGCUUUACACAGCCAAUGCUCAAGAGGUUUGUGAUGAUUUGCAUGAUCGUUUUUCUCAAGCAGAUUUUGCACGCAUUUUUCAACUAUAAAGGUAGAUUUUUGGCCUCUCCCAAGGUUCCCUUUUAGUUUCUACUUAUUUCACUCUUCUCAAAAGACAUAUGGGAUGAGCUUAGCAACUAUAAACCCCUACCUGUUUGCACCUGUGGUGCUCUCAAAUAAGUCAUUGCUGUACAACACUCUGAGUAUGUCAUGCAAUUCCUUGUUAGCCUCAAUGAAUCAUUUGCUGUUGUCCAAGCCCAAAUUCUCCUCAUGAUACCCCUUCCACCCAUAAACCAAGUUUUUUCCCUAGUCCACCAAGAAGAAAGACAGUGUGAAAUCCUCCUUACUAAUCUUAUAGAACCCAUGGCCCUUCUGUCUCGCCAAGACCCUGGUCUACCCACAAGACAAGCUCUUUCUCGUGGCAAGGAUAGACCACUCUACAAUAUUGUGGCUUCUUGGGGCAUACUGUUGAACUCUGCUACAAGCUGCAUGGAUACCCACCUGGUUUCAAGUCCAAAAAUAAAGCAUAUGCAGCUAAUGUGUCUAUUGCAUUAGGUUCUAUUCAUGCUACUUUUGAUUUUCUAUUUAACCCUCAUGUUUCUCCACCUGUGGCGACACCUGUUAUGUCCUUCACCAUAGAACAAUACCAGCAACUUAUCUCCAUGCUCAAUUCCACCUCUGCGAAGCCAAUAGGUUAUACUACUCAGUCUGCUAACUUAGCCUUCUCUCACAGCCUCAUAGGUACAACAUGUUUUUCUUCUUCCCACUAUGUGUCUUGCCCCUCCAACACUUGGAAAAUUGACACUGGUGCCUCGGAUCAUAUGAUCAAUGAUCCUUCUCUAUUUACCUCUGUUGUCCCUUGUUGUUCCCUUGCUAAACUCCCAAAUAACACCUAUAUUUAUGUUUCUCACAAAGGCACAGUUCAGCUUUCCCCUAAUUUGAUUUUACUCAGUGUCCUUUGUGUUCCUGAUUUUCUUUUUAACUUAAUUUUUGCUAGCAAGCUAAGCAUUGAUUCUCACUAUUGGCUUUUUUUUUUGCCUGAUUCCUGCUUGAUACCAGACCUAACUAGCAAGAGGAUGAUUGGAGUGGGUGCAGAAAAUGAUGGCUUAUACUUUCACAAGUAGACUGCCUUGAAUAACUCUGUCUCUAGUAUUCCUGUUGCUCCUUCUUGUUUUGAUUUAUGGCAUUUUCAACUUAGGCAUGUUUCUGCCUCUAGGAUGAGUUUAUUACAGAAACUACAUUCUAGCAUUUCAUGUUCAGACUCUUUUCAUUGUACUACUUGUCCUCUAGAAAAAUAGAAACGUUUACCUUUCAA